GAGAUCGAGAAGUGUCCUUGACUGUUUAAGUGACCAAACCCCAGACAAAAACCCAUAUACUGCGUGCAUUGUGUAAGCAAUGUUUGCAUACAUGUCUCGGCUGUAGAGCUAGCACGGAGGUGGUGAUAAGUUGUAUGUUUAUUGUAUUGUAUUGAUACACUACACUUCCGAACCAGAGGCAAAACUGGGCGAAUCAUGGCAGUUGUGAAAGCGUUUGGUAUCGCUUGUCUGUUAUUUUGGCAUGCAUCGGCGAGUUCCCCAGCAAAGAAGAAUGCUCUGAUAAUCAUAGCCGAUGAUGGGGGCUUUGAAACCCAAGUGUACAACAACAGCGUCUGCAAGACGCCCAACAUUGACAAGUUGGCACAGAGCAGCGUCAUCAUCCGCCACGCCUACACCUCAGUCAGCAGCUGCUCGCCCAGUCGGUCGGCCAUCUUGACUGGGCUGCCGCAGCACCAGAAUGGCAUGUACGGCCUGGAGCACCUGCCCCAUCACUUUCAGUCCUUUGAGGGUGUGAAGGCCCUGCCGGUGAUUUUGAAACCAGCCGGAAUAAAGACAGCAAUCAUAGGCAAGAAGCAUGUAGCUCCUCCCGAGGUCUACAAGUUUGACUACGAGGAAACAGAGUUCAACAACCCCAUGCUCCAGUGUGCCCGCAACAUCACUCGCAUGAAGGAGUUUGUACGCACUUUCUUAAGCAUGGACCCUACCAAGCCCUUCAUGCUCUAUGUAGGCUUCAAUGACCCCCACCGCUGCACAAGGUCCAGGCUGGGUCUAUUCUGUGACAAGUGGGGCACUGGUGCACCCGGCAUGGGGAUCAUCCCCGACUGGCACCCUCUGAUCUAUAAACCCGAGGAGGUGAUCGUGCCCCCCUACCUACCAGACACCCCGGCCACCAGGGUCGACAUCGCCGCUCAGUACACCUCCAUCAGCCGCAUGGAUCAAGGUGUUGGCAUGCUCUUGAAGGAGUUGGAGGCUUUCGGCUACCUCAAUGACACCCUGAUUAUCUACACAGCCGAUAACGGCAUCCCCUUCCCCAAUGCCAAGACCAACCUGUAUGAGCCAGGCAUGGGGGAGCCCAUGAUGGUCUCCAAUCCAUACGCCAAGCAACGCUGGGGCCAGUACAGUGAGGCAUUGACCAGCACCACCGACAUUGUACCCACAGUCCUGGACUGGUUUGGGGUGCCCUACCCCAACUACUCGCUCCUGAGGAAGAAGGUGGUGCUGACCGGUCAGUCCAUGCUGCCCAUCACCCUGGCCGAGCCCAAGGGCUGGGAUUUUGUUUUCUCCAGCCACAACUUCCACGAGGUGACCAUGUCCUACCCGAUGCGUGUCAUGAGGGACCGGCAGUAUCGCUUGAUCCACAACAUGAACUACCGUGCCCCUUACCCUAUCGCUCAGGACCUUGCCGCCUGCCCGACGUUCGUGGACAUCCUCAACAACACAGCCGCAGGCAAACCCACCAAGUGGUACAAGACCCUAGACCAGUACUACUACCGGCCGGAGUGGGAGCUGUAUGACGUGACCAAUGACCCCAUGGAAGAGGUCAACUUGGCCCAAGCACCCACCCACAAGACCACGCUGGAAGCCAUGCAGAAGGCCAUCUGCAACUGGCGUCACGCUACCAACGAUCCCUGGCGGUGCUUCCCGGAGGGCGUCAUCAGCGGACCCACCACCUGCAUUGAUCUGCAGAACGAGCCCCCCCAAAAUAAAUACACUGAAGAGCACAAUAAAAAUUAAAAUGAACACCUUCCAACAAAGGUAAUGGAUAUUAUAGAUUCCAGUAUUUGCUACUGUUGUAGUCGGCACCUUUUAAGACCAACACAAGACCUCCAUUUUGAAUUUAAGUCACAAGCAAUUUAAAUGAAAUGCAUGAAAAUACAUGCCUUUGUCAUUGUUCCACUGUUACUUGUGACUGGUCUUGUGUCUGGUCAGUGAUGGUCUUGACUGCAACGCUUGUAUUUGCAUGGGAUGGGACAGACUGACAAAAUAUAACAGUUGUACCUUGGUAAAAAAAAGAGACAAAUUCUGCGUCACCUUUUAAUUUUGUCUCUCCACUUCCAGUCAUGCAAAACUUCUGCGAAAUCUAAUGGCCCUCAAUAUUUACACGGAUUAAAAGAAAAAUAUUUGAACUAUCUGUUUAAAAUCAUAGUAUUGUUGAAAUUAUCCAUACUUAGUACUUGAAAAUCCUAAAUAUCUCAAAAGAAUGAAACACAAAAUGUUGUCUGAAAGGAGAAGGAAAAAAUCUUAAAAAAUCAAAACCCUAAAUCAUCCAAAAAAUUGGUACAAGAAGUUUUACUUGAUUUUUAUGAACAUAGUAUUUACAAUACAAAAGUGUUAUUUUCCUACAACCCACCCAUGUGAAGUGUCUUUCACCACAUCUACUUUCUUGUACCUGAAAUAUGGGAAAGGGAGAGUUGCAUGGUUUAUUCUGUUAGCCAUAGAUCAAAUGCAUGUAGAGGAUGUCGUUGAAUUUAUACAUGCAAUCAUAUAGCAUUCAUUUAUGAAAAACUUCAAAUGACACCACAUUGUCUAGUCCCACCCUUAUCUGAUUGGAUCGGGGAAUGCUACCUGACUUGGUCAGUGAUUCAGUUCACAUUCCCAGAAUCUGCAAUUCAGUUUCCAAAGUAAAGGAAUCUUUCCCUCCUACAUGUGCAUGUACAUUGAACUUUUGUCCCUUCUGAAAUAUGACUUUAAAAGAUUUUGGACAUAUAUUUUUUCAAUUUUUGGUCUUUUUCUCAAUACAUGUAUUUGUAUAAAUUUUAUGGAGUGUUGAAGUUUAAAGUUGUGAUCAAAAUGAAAACCUUGGUACACUGUAACCAGAUCCAAACAGUCUGUAUAAUGCUGUAUUAUCGCUUACCAUUUGUACUUCCUGCUAAGCAUUGUGUUAAUUGCAAACUAUUUAGCCGUAGUGUUUCUUAGGGGCAUUUAUUCUUGUUUUGUCGUCAAAAUUGCAGCAGAUCAUAAAAUACUGAAAUAAAUCUCAGACACAUUCAGGUUUUUCCUCGGCUCCUUAGAAGUGUGUAAUCAAUACCAGGAACAAAUGCGUUUAGAAGUGUACUGAAUCAGGGUGUAUAUGCAUAUAUAUCAAUUGGUACAGACCCAAAGCAGCUUGUUCCUUUUCAUCCAAAUCCUUCCAAAUCCUCCACAGCUCAGCACCCUUUCAGUGAUUCACCUGACCCACAUUUCUCAAAGAUGGAUCCAGGUUCAUCCAAAUACGGGAAUACAACGAGCCACGGAAGAUCAUGGUCCUUGUGCCCCUUUGUAUUCCUAGAUCUGUCAAUGUUUUUGUGUAUGGUCUGUACCAAAGUUGAUACAUCAAGCCGUCUUGCGUCUGCGCCCGUAAGAAACGCUUGUUAGAUUCUAUUAGAGUUACUUGGUUAAGAUUGAUGGGCAAUAUAUGAUGCAUUAACUUGUCUCGCUUGUUAUAAAACUACAACCAUACAUUCUCUGUGUGUUUGGUAUGUUUUCUUUGUAGAGGUGCCAGUCGUACUCAUGAAAGUUUCGAUAUUUUAGUCAACAGGAGUUGAUUCCAAAAGAGUGCAGAAGGUUAUUUUGAUGAGUGGUUGUGAAGGACUGUGGGCCAGUGUAUUACAGGUGUGAAAUGAGCAGUAAUGUGCAGCUGCUGGUGAAGACAUUGGGUUAUACAUGUAUUUCCCUACUCUUUACCAGAAUUUUUUUUAAUAAAUUCUAUUUUUAGGAUUUUAGUGUCUAUGACAGGUGUGGCCAAGUGCAUGGAUUUCACACUGUGUGUGUCUGACCUAAGCAGUACCAAACACCAAAUAAUUUGGUUUUUCCCUUCUAAGCCUAAGACAGGAGUGCUUUUUUCUUGAGAUUUGUGGUUUAUGGCAUAAUUGGGGUUUCAUUUUCAUUUUUAUAUGUAAAAAUUUGUAUCAAUUAUGUAAUCAGUAUGUUAAAUCACAGAUCCAACAAGCGUGAAUUUUGUCAAUAAUGUACUUAUGACACGAUUACAAAAUUAACCAUCUUAAAUGAGGUGUUGAGGUUAGGUUUCUAAUUUCGUAAUACAUAUUAAAUGUGUAUGGCCACUGACCCUUCUGUGUAAUCCAAGGCUACCUCAGCUCUUAGCUGCAACGGCUUGUGGCUUUAUAAGAAUGUACAAUCAAGUACUUUCUUUACCUACCUCAAUUGUAAGUGAAAAAAUAAAUAUUUAAAGAUAA